ACAAGUCUGUGGCAAAAGGCUGAGAGGAGCAUGUUUGCUCCAUGGUAGUUAAUUGAUUGGUUUAGGUUUGAAUCUGUGUUGUCAUUGCUCCCCUUUUUUGAAAAAAAAAGUCAUUUGAGAAGUUCCUGACAGUAAGGUCACCAUGACCGAUUUGAGCUGCAAGAAACAUAGCGACUGCACUGUUUCCCGGCUGCUCAACGUGGUGGAGAAUGAACUCCAGGCAGGAAGAGACAAAGGAGACCCCACAGAGAAACAGCUCCAGGUGGUCUUGGAGGACGCUUCUCUCUGGCAAAGGUUCAGAGAAGUUACUAAUGAGAUGAUUGUCACAAAGAACGGACGACGGAUGUUCCCUGUGUUAAAGAUCAGUGUCUCCGGUUUAGAUCCUAAUGCCAUGUAUUCCUUUCUUCUGGAUUUUGCUCCAACUGACAGCCACCGCUGGAAGUAUGUGAAUGGAGAAUGGGUACCAGCUGGAAAGCCAGAGCCAUCCAAUCACAGUUGUGUCUAUAUCCAUCCCGACUCUCCUAACUUUGGGGCCCAUUGGAUGAAGGCCGUUGUGUCUUUUAGCAAAGUGAAGCUCACCAACAAGCUGAAUGGCAACGGGCAGAUUAUGCUGAAUUCUCUACACAAAUAUGAGCCUCAAGUUCAUAUUAUUCGAGUAGGAGGUCCACACAGGAUGGUAAUGAAUUGUUCCUUUCCUGAGACUCAGUUCAUUGCUGUGACUGCUUACCAAAAUGAAGAGAUAACGGCGCUCAAAAUCAAAUACAACCCAUUUGCCAAAGCCUUUUUGGAUGCAAAAGAAAGAAACCACACCAAGGAUGCUUCGGAUAUUGUCUCUGAAAGUCAGCACAUGACAUAUUCUCACUUGGGAGGUUGGUUGAUUUCCAAUCCCGAUGCCAUGUGUGCAGCAGGAGGUUCUGGCUAUCAGUACAGUGGGACAUUUUCUCUGCCUGCCUCUCAUUCUCAUCAUGGUUGUGAACACUAUUCAGCCCUUCGAGGACACAGAGCUGUUCCCUAUCCUCCUCCUUAUAUGCAGAGAAAUCCAUCUCCAUCAGGCAAGUUAUUGUCAUUUUCUCCUUUCUUUAUGUUCUCAAUCACGACACUAUGA